GCUGAUCCCAGUAGGGAAUGCAGAUAGUUCUAAAAUUCUAAUGCCGCUUGUGUUCCUAGUGAGAGAUGAUUUAACUACUUUGUUUUUCUUGCUUCUUCAAAUUUCUUAAAAUGCAUUCGCAGCUGCUGCAAUGGCAGGAAGUACUCCUCAGUUUGACUUACCGAAAUGUUCGGCACUAGUCUUGCAGAGUUAACAAGUGGCUUAAUGUUUUCAGUGUUCGUGUACUGAUAGUGUGCGGUUUCAUUCUUGUAUAGCAUUAAGAUAUGGGCCUAAUUACCUUAUAUUUUGGCAAUAGUUAUUUCUGAAUAAAUUUAUUCAUUUUUAUAGUUUAUUGCCUAUGGGCCUCAAACAAGGGCCAAAAAUUUAUGUCGACUGGCAUGUCCAUUAGCUGGAAAUUAUUGAGUGAAGUAAAUUUGGAGUUUUCUAAUUUUAUAUACUGCAUUUUCAUCCACUUCUGCUGAAAUGAUGCUGUACCUGAGGUGUAGAAAGUGCCUUGAUGACAGCAGGAUCCUUAGAAGUAUCGUUAUGACGUAUUAUUUAGGUGCAUGUAUCUGAUCCUUUGUUGUUUUCGCUGAAGUCUAAUAACAUGUGGCUUGUGAAUUCCCAGCAUGCAGCUGAAGGGGGGCUGGAAGGACUGCCAGCAACGCCGCACCUUGCUGUCAUUGGAUCAAGCAUGGGGGACAUAAAGAAGAUCAUCGUUGCAGUUGAUGCUGUAGAAUUCAUCUCUACAAAAAGUCUUGAGAAGGCCAUGGGCCUCCUCUUAGGUGCCUUCUUUGUGUUCAACGUGGCGUACCCUCCCGACUGCCCCCUCACCAUGGAGUUUUUGCAGAGGUACCUUGGGCAGAUCAACCCAAUGAAAGGGCGCGGCAAAGGCAGGACCAGCAGAAUCGCGCCAAGGUUACUCAGCCUGCUGAAAGCACUUUAAUUCAUGAAUAAAUGUGCAAGUGGAGAUCUCCA